AUGAUAAUUUUGGAUGAGCCGCAAUUGAACUGUCUUAUGGUGAGGGAUACGAUGAUGUUGAAACUGGUCGUAGUGAUGUGUCUGACGAUGACGGUGAUGGUGGAUUCAUCACAAACGGUGAUGAAAUCAAUGACGAAGAACUUCCUGAAGGCGUACGAGGUUUGCGCGAAAGAAUACAGCCUUAAAGAGGGCACUGCUGGUAUAUUGAUCGGUUUCUGGAAAGAUGACUUCAGUACCACCAGUAGGGACGUCGGCUGCGCCAUACUCUGCCUGUCCACCAAGCUGGACCUCAUCGACCCUGAGGGGAAGUUACAUCAUGGCAAGGCGACCGAGUUUGCCAUGCAACAUGGUUCUGGUGAGGAAAUGGCGAAAAAGCUGGUCGAGAUUCUUCACAAUUGUGAACAGACGGUGACACCCAAUGAGGACAAAUGCAUGAGAGCCCUAGACAUCGCCAUGUGCUUUAAGAAGGAGCUGCACACCCUGGGAUGGGCGCCUGACCCCGAGCUUCUGUUCGAAGAGCUGAUCGCAGAAAUGCGUUGA